AUGACCAGAGAAUGGGAGAAUGGCUGUCAGAAGACUGGAAAACAGAGGGCUAGAGAUUCAAGGGCCCAAGAAAAGAUGACUACAGAGGGGAAGUCAGAUAAGAAUGGAACACCAGUCCAAGUAUUCAAUAUAAGCGAUUCCUUUCGGGAUAAAGACUCCCUGUGCUGCCAGGGGGAUGUCUGUUCUGCUUCACCAUUGGGGAUAUGGACCAAAUUCUACAAAUCAGACCCACGCAUUGCCCUCGGAAAAUACUCCCCCUUGGAAAAAGAGAUCCUACGUCUAGGUGGUGUUCACACCAUAGCAGCCAGGAGGUUUCUGACUUAUAAGCAAGAGGAAGAACGGAAAAUGCUCAAAGAACUACAGGUGCUGUCUUCAGACUAUAAACGGGCGGUGGAAUAUAGAAAGCAACUCACCCCUCCUUGUGCCACCUGUGGACCCCUAGAAAAAAUAUGGACGGCGAAGGUGAUGGUGGCCCCGGAGGAGUUCAAAAUGCCACAACGGGAGAGGCUGAACAUCAGCAAGCACAUAGAACGAAUGCAGCUCGCUCGAGCCCUGAGGAAUAAGCAGCUUUUACCCUACAUUGAAAGAUUUAGGAGCUCUUCGCUUCUGUCUGGAGGGGGCCUGGGCCCUCUGGCAAGGGACAAAACUGGGGAAGGCAAGGAUGACCGAGACGCUGAUCACUGCGACUAUGCCCAUCAAGAGAAGACAGAUGAGGCAGAGAGCAAAACCACGAAAAGACAGGAAAUAAAGAUGAACGUAAUUUUCAAGUCAGAAGAACCAAAAAAAUGUGUAACGUACCAUCCAAAUGAUCUAAAACCAUUCCUCCCCACAAAAAAAGCAGAAAGAUCCAUCGCUGGCUUAACAAACAGAAAUCUUUUGCACCUGGCCGAAUUCCCUGGAGACCUAAUGCUGAUGAAUCAGGAUUUUAUAUCACGGGGAAUCCACCCCAGUGAUGUGUCAAAGGCCAGCUGCCUGGAAGAAGGCAGUGCCUGGAAAGAGUACAUGCACAAAGCUGCUUCCCACCAUUAUUAA